CACUGAAGCUACACACAACCUGUUCGGGCAAUAGGGAUUCGUAUCAAGUUGAGCUGGCAUUACAUAUAGAUCUGAUAUACUAGGCUUUGCAUUGCAUCAGCACGCAGAGAUCUCGUCUUGACUCAAAACUUUGCGAGGGAAACCUUCCGUAUAUAUAUAUAUAUAUAUAUACUGCGCGCAAACCUUCGUGCUUCAGUCUCUGACCGUCACCAAUGAGCAAAUCUUCAAAACGGAUUGAAUGGAUUUUACGGUGAGAAACAGAAUCUUCAGUCAAAAUGAACGGGAUGCCAUCGUGGUAUACGGAGAAUGCAGAUCCCGAUACGCCUGUUACCAUAGCAACGAGGGCCGCCAUCAUGGUGACGGAUCUGAAAACCGCCGAGAUGGCUCUGCCGAUGGAGGAAUUAACUACUCUCAAGAUAGUGGGAUUGGACACAGAGUUCAGCACAGACGAAUAUGACGAUAAGAUCGUGUCGCUGGUUCAAAUCGCGGGCGUAGGGCCCAGUGGAGACGGUAUCAUUCUCUAUGAUCUUAUUGCGUGUCCGGAUCUCUUAGAGGAAGACACAUCGCUGAGAAGACUAUUGGCAAGUGACACCGUGAUAAAGAUCAUCCACGACAUGCGCCAAGACGAUGACGUGAUACAAGGACAGUUCGACUUUGCCCUGAAAGGUCUGUACGAUACACAAACUGCCGACAUGGUGAUAAGAGAGGCCUAUCUGUGCAGAAAUAGUCUCAAUGCCACACUGGAGUACUGGGUGGGUGUGCAGAAUACUAACAAAGCCUUUGUGGUGAAGAACGACAAGGUCUGGAACCAACGACCAAUACCCCAGCACAUGCGCGAGUAUGCUGUGAUGGAUGUGAUGUAUCUCAAACAACUAUAUCACGCACAGCGAACAAAGGCUCAGUCGUUAGAAGACCGGUACUACUAUGAUGAGAACGGGAAUAUUGUACGCGUGAAUGUAUGGCAGCGAUGUUGUCGUAGCCACCACGGAGGGAGUAGGAAUGUAAAGGCGGUCAUGACAGAGUUCUAUAUCUUCCUGAGAAACGCAGAUCAGGCAACCCGUGCUAGAUUUGAGAGCAAGUUGGCAUUUUCAGCUCACUUUCAAGAUUGGCGUGACCGACGGGAUGUUGGUAUGAAUGUGCUAAGAGUGGGGGCAGCUCGAGGAUUAAAGUGGUUAGUGGAUGAAAGGCUUGCCACCUUAAAUGAGGGGAAGAUUGUGUAUGUUUGAUGGUCGACAGAGGCGUGAUGUCAGAUUUUUAGUUAGUCUAUUGAACUGUAUAGUUAUGAUGUUUACUGCUGUAGAAGCGGCCCCUACUUCCAAUGAUCUAUACAAAACUCAAAUUGUCAUACCAAUAUGUGACGUCUUCUCGUGGGACUACUAGACAGUGCACAUCGCACAUUUGAUACAGCGUACAUACACAACCCCACCUUACACGCAGACGUACACUCAACAAUGCCUAUAAACAAAUCGUCAAGUGUUCAUACUCUUUUUCUCACGCCCGAGUGUGAUCUCGAAUUUGUGGACAAUGGCAAACAACAAGCGAAACUGUACAGUAUACUGUAACGGAUAUCUGGAUCAGCUCCGCCAUAAGUCGUAUGGCCAUCUCUACAUUCCUCAGGCGGGCAACUGGAGUGGGUAGGCCAUUCAUACACCUGGUCAGAAUUGACGCCAAUAUUGAGGAUGGGCAAGUAUCCAUAUUAGGAAUCCUUUAUAAAAUAGACAAUCAAGUCCACACGUCGAGAUUAUAGAACACCUGAAUACAGCCAAUUAACCGCGUGGUACUGUCGGGACAAUAGAUCAGGCCAUAAAUCGUGAAAAGUUCUGAUUCAAAUUUACACGGACUAGUUGCAAAAUAGAAUACUGGUCUAGUUUGUGGCAACAAUGCGUGACCAUGGUGGGGGCUAUCAUUCCUAGAUGAGGGGGAAUCCACGAGAGUUGGGAGUUGUUAAGGCGGCCAGUUAGGCAUGCAAAAUUUGUUCGAAGCAGCUGGUAUGAGAUGGCGACCGCGGGAUCUAUACCAGCUUAUACGAAUUCUGUCUAAUUAAAUAUUUC